AAAUCUAUUGUAAUGAGCAAUAAUCCGUCGGCAACUGACCCCGCGUUAUUGGCGCAAAGUUCAUCGCUUAAUAUUUUCAUCGAUGAAUCGAUCUUGCCGCAGCGCAACGUAAAAACAAGUGAAAAUGUACCUCCGUCGCUUGCGGAAAAAACAUUGUUUGUGCUUUCGGUUAUUCUUAUAGUCCUUACGUUGCCUUUCUCCCUUAUCUGCUGCCUUAAGGUCUUGUCGGAAUAUGAACGAGCAGUCAUCCUGCGCCUAGGAAGGAGGCGCCCUAAACCUCCAGGUGGACCCGGCGUUAUUUUUAUCGUACCCUGCAUAGACGAAGUAAAAGUUGUGGAUCUGCGCACAACGUCAUUCGACCUCGAUCGACAGGAAAUCCUUACCAAGGACAUGGUAACAAUUAGCAUUGACGGUGUGGUUUACUUCAGUAUCAAAAGCCCGUACGAUGCUAUGCUGCAGGUGUACAAUCCGCAGGAGGCUAUCGAGAAACUGGCCAUGACCACGUUGCGGAACGUUGCCGGCACUCAAAAGUUAAUGGACCUACUCUCAUCUAAGGAAUAUCUUUCCAAUCACAUCGAAGGCAUUUUAUAUAACUCUACAGAGCCUUGGGGAGUUCGCGUGGAACGGGUUGAGAUCAAAGAGAUCUUCAUGCCAGACCAACUAAAGCGCGCCUUAGCAGUGGAGCAGGAGGCGAUGCGGGAGGCCAAGGCCAAGGUGGCCGCCGCCCAGGGAGAGCGGGACGCGGUAACGACUCUGAAGGAGGCUGCCGACAUUAUGGAGACUAAUCCGAUUGCCCUACAACUUCGCUAUCUGCAAACACUGAACUCCAUCUGCAACGAUAUGACCAGAUCCUAUGUCUUUCCAUUCCCUGUAGAUAUUGUAAAGAAAAUGAUGAAGUGAAUGGCUGUGGUUGUUCAUUCCUUAAUGUAAAAGUACACUGUGCGAUGUUUACUUAGAAUAUGCAUUUAAAUGUAUUAGUGCUCAAUUUUUUAGUUAUGCUCAAACAAGUUUGUAAUCGAUACAAAAAUUUUAAGAGUCCAUUCCACAAUAUGUGAUCGAAUUUUAUAAAAUGCACCUAAUAAUUAUGACUACAUACUUUUAUUUUAAUUCUUCAAAUUAUCGUACUAUGAGAAAAAGGCUAUAAAGAUAAAAUAAAAAAAAUUACUUUUUGUA